CUAGCACAAGAGAGAUCUAAUCUAAGUAGUGGAAUUGUAAGUACGACAAAUUAUUCUCUAAUUCAUUAGCAUAAAUUCACUUUCUCUCUAUCAUUAUCAUGGUAAACUAUCUAAUCAACAAUAAACAUCUCCAACUACUAGAAACACUUCUCCUCAUCUUUGUUCAAAACCCCAGCACCACCAUACGGUUCAUUUCCCAAGCUCAAGCUCUAAACAACCCAAAUGGCGGUCCAACCACCGCAGCUUCCGCCGUCCUCGUCUUCGGCGACUCCACGGUGGAUCCCGGAAACAAUAACUACGUGUCUACUCUUUUCAAGAGCAAUUUUCCACCCUACGGCAGAGAUUUCGCCGGUAAAAAGCCCACCGGAAGGUUUUCCAAUGGCCGUCUCACCACCGACUUUUUAGCUUCGUACGUCGGUCUCAAAGAUUAUGUGCCUCCAUAUUUGGAUCCGAGCCUAAGCACAGAAGAGUUGAUGACCGGAGUGAGCUUUGCCUCGGCUGGAAGUGGUUAUGACCCACUUACACCAAAAGUUGGUAAUGUAAUUCCCAUGUUAAAGCAAUUGGAGUACUUUAAAGAGUACAAGAAAAGGCUUGAAUCAACCAUUGGGAAGGAAAGAACAGAAAAUCACAUCAACAAGGCUAUUUUCGUCAUUAGCGCCGGAACAAAUGACUUCAUUGUAAACUACUUCAACAUACCAGUUCGAAGAAAAAUCUACACUACUGUCUCUAGCUAUGAAAUGUUUUUGAUGGAGCAUGUUAAAACUUUCUUACAGGAUUUAUGGGGGGAAGGAGCUAGAAGGAUAAUAGUAGGUGGGAUUCCUCCAAUGGGGUGCUUGCCAGGUGUCAUAACAUUAAAUUCACCCAAUGAGAUUCAGCCACGUGGAUGCAUCGACAAGUACAGCUCCGUAGCCAGAGAUUACAAUAAACUUCUCCAAAAUGAAUUGCAUUCCAUGCAGAGUAGCUUGGCAAUUUUCGGUGCUAGGAUCGCUUACGUGGAUUUAUAUGGACCGCUGAUGAACUUGAUCCAAGGGCAUACAAAAUUUGGUUUGGAGGAAUUGUAUAAGGGAUGCUGUGGAACUGGAUAUCUUGAAGUAACGUUCUUGUGUAACCCACUUUCGUAUGUGUGCCCAGAUGCAAAUAAGUACAUGUUUUGGGAUUCAAUACACCCAACAGAAAAGACAUACAACUACGUCUUUAAUACCCUCAUUCAUCCAAUUCUUGAUUUUCUAUUGAAACCAUAACAUAUAAAUACACUGGGAAAGACUACGGUGUUCACAGUGAUUUCAGCAGGUGGAUAGUUAUAAAUUAUAAUUUUUUACUUUCACAUUGUAUAUUGUAGUCAUUUAGAAUAUCUCUUAAAUUUUCGAAUAAUUUAGGGUGCCGAAAACAAGGUUCAAACAGUCGAAUUUUCCACUCGUGCAAUAAGCUGUUUAAAUCUUGUUUUCGGCACUGCAAAUUAUUCUGAAUUUCUUAAAACUUGGUGGGAUGUUCUAAAUGAGUAUAAUAUACAUUGUCGUAAUGAAAAAUUAGAAUUUAUAACUAUCCACGUGAUAAAAGCUGUAAACACUGUGGUCGUUCCCUAAAUAUAUAUAACUUAAUAUCUCUUUUAUUAAAUACACUUCUUAAUUAGUAUUCAUCACAAUUCUCUUCACUCUAAUCCUAUCCUAUCUGACAAAGUUGUAAAGAAACUCUAACGAGAGACAAGUAUUCGGGGUUGUUGGACUACAAAGUACAAUUAAAAAGAUGUCUCAUGAUUUAUAUAAAAUAAAAUAAACUUUAUUAGUAAUAUUGUUAA